AUGGCCUCUACAUCCAGCUUUGCGAUGGCAUCUGCCACUGCGCCUACCCGUUUCGUCGCCAUUCCUCGCAUACGGGAUCCCGCUAUGGACCACACCGGCACUGCUGCCUACGAGGCUGCUGCUGAUGCGCUUCUCUCUCUGCCCAACUCCAUGUCGCCAGAGUUGUUUGCCCACUCUUGGCAGGAGGGAGCCAUGUCGCCACCUCCCAUGACUAUCGAUCGGGAGCAUAGCGUAGGGUCCGGAUUGGAUGACGAUCAUUCUCUGCGUCACCAGGAUGCUCGCCACAAUGGCGGCAUUCCACUGAGCGUCGGCGCACUCUCCAGCCUGGACGAGUCCAUCACCAUCACGCCCGCCAUGUUGGCCAAACAUCAUCUUCCGAAGAUCAUGCUCGGUCAGGGCGCCAUCCCCAUCCGCGAUGUCUUAUACGAACUUACUCAAAUGGUCCCGGGCUUUUCGCGCAUUCCUCCUGCGAAGGCUCGUCGCAUCGUUGUCGCGGCGCUGGAGAAGCCGUCAGGUGGCGGGCUUGCGGGCGAGAUUGCUUUUGACAAGAUUGGCUGGGGCAAAUGGCACGCACACGUCAAAGGUAGCUCGCCGCUCGACUCCGGCGUCGGCUCCUUCGUCGAGGACAACUAUUCUCCUGAGCGCAAUAGUGAGCCCGGUUCACGACCCGACUCCGCAGUGCACAUGUCUCGCGGUGUGCGCAAAAACCAGAGCGCCCGACGUCGACGCGAACACCACUCUGGCGGCAGCUGGACGGCUUCCAGUCUCCUCGAAGAGGAUGAGUCGAACGGCGAUCGCGACGUGGAUAUGGACAUGGAUGUGCUCGAGGAAGCCGCCGAACGUAUGUCCUUGGAUGGGCGGGACCCAUCACAGGUCUCCUCCGACAGCGACAACGACGCUGACUCUAAUUCGGACACCGACGACGAUACCUGGGCAGCUGAGGGUAUCGACGCGUUGCGGAAGGCUUCAUUGCCCACUCCCAACCUGUUGACAACCCGCGGCAUUGCCAUUCGGACCGUCGGCGGAGGCCCUGCCUCCCAUUCUCUCUCCCAACGCGAUUGGGCUACCCGCCGCUCAUCAGCUGCGCAUCAUGACCGCCAGCAGCGUGGCCUGCACUCGUCCUCUGUGCCACAGCGAGCCGGAAGACUGUUGUCUUCCACGCCGGAAGAGCGUGCUGCGAUGGCUCUCAUGAGUCUCGGUUCGAUGUAA